GAGUGCGGCAGUAGGUGAUUCUGAUUCAUAAAGUGCGGUUAGAAGCCCACUGGUGUUGAGGAAGGUUGUGUGGUCGUGCAGCUGUGGCCCCGUUGCGCCGUUGUUUUCCCCGUCCCGCCGCGCUCGCGCCACCGCCAGCGCCCCAAACCUUGCGACGGGCCUCCGUGGAUGCGCCGGCCGCGUCACCCGCGAUGGACACGCUCUUCCUGCCUGACCCCAUGCAACGCUACUUCUACGACUUCUUCCAGUGUUGUGAGGAGGACAAGUCUGGCAAAGUGGACGUAAACAAAUUGCUCGAGCUGAUCCGGUCCGGCAACGUGCCGGACGAAACUAUCGACCAGAUAGCAGAUAUCUGCUGGUCGCAAAGCGCGAGUUAUGUGAACAGCAAGCAGUUUUGCUCUGCGUUGAAACUAGUCGCUGCUUAUCAAUCAAACGUGCCUAUCAGAUCUGAGAUUUUGUCGUCAAGCACCGUGGAGUUGACAUGGCCGCGGUUCAGCAAGCCGCAUGUGGAACCACAGGCGGAUUUGAUCGAGCUGCGCAAUGACGAUUCGGUGAGCACCGACUCGGAGGUGGACAGCGAGACGUUGAGUGUGGGCCGAGGAGGCAGUCCGGGUGCAUCGAGCACGGCGUCCGACAGCCCGACACCGACGAACAGCGUACAGGAUCGCAGCUGGGCGAUCACAAGCACAUGGCAGGGCCUGGUCUCCGAAGAACAGCGCCAGCUGCUCGGUACGGAAGAAGAGUCCUCGGACCGGCACAGCAGCGAGGAGGAUACCGAAGUCUCGACGGAAGUGUGGAACAUCACGCCCGAACAGCGCGAGUACUACACCACUCAGUUUAAGUCUCUGCAGGCAGAUACGAACGCGCUGCUCGCCGGGUCAGUCGCGCGAAUGUUCUUCGAAAAGUCCCGCCUGCCCGUGCAUGAACUGCGCAAAAUUUGGCAGCUGGCGGAUGUGACUAAGGAUGGUGCACUCAGCCUCCAGGAAUUCAGCGCGGCGAUGCAUCUGGUUGUCCUGCGACGCAACCACAUCGAACUCCCCACUACCCUCCCACCGCAGCUGCAGCCGACGAGCGCAUCGCCAGCCUCCGAGACGCCCGAGACCGAACCAAUUCUCUCGCCACAAACGAAAGAAUCGUCCAAGGAAUGGACCAAGUUCGUCGACAGUCCGACGAACUCCGUUUCAUCGCCGGGGCCGAAACCGGUCAACUUUGAUUUUCAUAAGGGUGCGCUGGAAAUGGACCCGAAAAUUUUACACCCUGUUGCUUUACGAUUGACGCCGGAGGUACUCAACGACGACGAGGAGGCUAGUCCAAAGAAGAGCGAGGAUAAGACUACGAGCGCCAUUCAGCGCCCGCAGCCGAAGAAGUUCGCCGUGCCCGGCCCCGGCGCCAUCCCGCCUCCGCCGUCGGACGGGCCCGUUAGUUUGCCGGCGUUUCCACCGCCGAAGAAAGAGAAACCGCCACCGCCGCCACCUAGACCAUUCAAAACGCACGGGCGCAGCUCCAGCCUCGAUCUUAAUAAACUCAACAAGCAUCUGGCUCCGCCCACCGUGCCGCCACGGAUUAGUCCGAAUGUGCAGCACAGCACAAAGAAACAGUUGAUUAACCAACGUUCCGAGGACUGCCACGUCAAAAAGGAUCAGACUCAGUUCGCCGACUUCGAACAGUUUGAGAAAUACGAGAAUGUGUUAGACGAGAUAUUUCCAGGUGAUCAGUACGAGGCCGAGCGCAAAAAGCUGUUCGCGCAGUUCUCGGUAACACCCGAGAACGCCUCGCAGGACAUCGCCGACGGACCGCGAAGACACGGCGCGUUCGAAAUCUACCGCAAGCCGCCGAAAACACGCGACAGCCCGAUGGCGGCCGAGGACCGCGCCAGAUUCGACCUGUUCGUGAAACUGCAGGAGCAGAACACGGUGCUGCUGCGUCUGUGCCAAGAACUGAGCCAGGAGCUGGUCGAGAUCAAGGAGGAGAAGGUGGCGCUGAAGCUUAGACUGGAGAAACAGGUGCGCGGCGACGCCAGGGCGCACAACACUACGCCCGCGCUCGCAAAGAAUAGCAAAUAAUCGCGCGCGCGCACGCAGACGCCGAAGUCUAUAUACACAUGUUAGGAUAUCAUUACAUUAAACAUAGCUGCUGAUUCGGUGAAUGCCGCCACGAGAAUCUAAUUUUCGCAGCGCAUUGAAUCAUUACGACGAAAUCAAAAAUCAAAACGCGGUCAUGACGCGGCGCAUGAUUAUUUAAUUGUAAACAAAUAUCUAAAGUGAAGUUAUUAUUAGCAAUAAUGUUACAAUUAUAUAUCUUGUUGUAUAUAUUAUCGAGAAAUUAUUAUAAACAAACACUCAUCGAGCGGCGGCGUGGUCGUCACUGAUUUCUCAAAUUUGACAGAAAUUCGAAUUCACUUUGUACUUCACUGUGUUGUACGCGCGGGCAGGAUGUGGAAUGGGCAAACCUAUGUAAUGUGAUAAUUUGAAAAUUGCAUGAAUUGAAAAUUCGACUACGACAACAACAAAUACAAGUUAGAACGCACCAAAAUGUAGACAAAAUAAUAUUCGAAAACUAACUACUAUUUCGCCUUCAAAAAGGCACACUUAUUUAAUUUUUUGUAAAAUUGUACAUCAGAUGUAUCGAAAACAAAAUGAAAGAAACAACAAACAAAACACACACACAACCGAAUUUCAAUUGAUUUACAUACACACACAGACACGCGCGCGAUCGUCGCAAGUUGCCGAACUGAAAUUAUUUUUUAUACCGAUGAAAUUCCAUCAGGAGCACUGUUGUAAUAACUGUGGUUUUAUUCUUAUAGGUUAUGAUUAUAAAUGAUAUAUGCUUGCAAUAAACAUUCUUCAGAUGAUUCAGAGCAA